ACCGCCGCGAGUGCCGUCGGACGUCUCCACCUUUUCCCCAGAUAAGAUUUCGGCCUUGCUUUUGCCGCGGGCUUUUUACACCCGCCAGACUUCACUUGCAUAUACUGUGUAGUUCGGUCACAACGGAAUUCCCACCAUGCAGGGACCUGCUUCCUCCACCUCCCAUGGGGACAUUUUCAUGUCAUCCGGCUCGCCCUCAUCGCACUCGCGACGACCAUGGCAGUCUCAAUCUCAAUCGCAGUCGCGGUCCUCCCCUCUCCGACCGGCGAGUACCAGCAGCCGAUCGCAUCACAGCAACCCUCCUCAUGAGCCCACUGCUGCUCUCUCGCGAGAGCACACCCAUCAGUCCGCCAGGCUGGAGAAAUGGUGGAAAGUGCAUCUCUUCCGUGGCAUGGUUCAGGACGUGAAGCGCCGGGCACCAUACUAUUGGAGUGAUUGGACCGACGCCUGGGACUAUCGUGUCGUUCCGGCCACAGUGUAUAUGUAUUUUGCGAAUAUCUUGCCUGCGUUGGCUUUCUCGUUGGAUAUGUUCGAAAAGACGGACCAGAGCUAUGGGGUUAAUGAGGUGCUGCUGGCGUCGGUUUUGGCGGCGGUCGUGUUUUCGCUUUUUGCGGCUCAGCCGUUGGUGAUUGUUGGGGUUACUGGUCCGAUUACGGUGUUUAACUAUACGGUUUAUGAUAUCAUCUCGCCACGGGGGACGAACUAUCUGGCGUUCAUGUGCUGGAUUGGGAUAUGGUCGUUGAUUAUGCAUUGGGUGCUUGCCAUUACCAAUGCCUGCAAUGGGCUGACUUAUGUGACGCGCUUCUCUUGCGAUAUUUUUGGCUUUUACGUUGCCUUUAUCUAUCUCCAGAAAGGCAUCCAGGUCCUCACGAGACAGUGGGGAACGGCCGGGGAAACUUCUGCCUAUCUGAGCAUCAUGGUCGCCUUGCUGGUGCUCAUGAGUGGCUGGAUUUGCGGAGAGCUCGGGAACAGCAGUCUCUUCAAGCGGUAUAUUCGCAAGUUCCUGGAGGACUACGGUACGCCCUUGACUAUUGUGUUCUUCACGGGGUUCGUUCACAUCGGCCAUAUGAGGGAUGUCGACGUUGCGAGGCUGCCUACCAGCAAGGCGUUUUUUCCCACGGCCGAUCGAGGCUGGCUGGUUCAGUUUUGGGAUAUCAGCGUGAGCGAUGUGUUCCUUGCAAUUCCGUUUGCGGUCUUGUUGACGAUCUUGUUCUACUUUGACCAUAAUGUCUCGUCUCUUAUCGCCCAAGGAACCGAGUUCCCUCUUCGCAAGCCGGCCGGGUUCCACUGGGACUUGUGGCUGCUGGGAAUCACCACGUUUGUUGCUGGUCUCCUGGGGAUUCCAUUCCCCAACGGUCUGAUCCCACAGGCGCCCUUCCAUACGGCCGCGCUCUGCGUCACCCGCGACGUUGCAGACGAGGACGACACCAACAAGGGCAAGGCCAUCCGCAUCACCGACCAUGUCGUCGAACAGCGCGUCAGCAACUUCGCGCAGGGCAUUAUGACGCUAGGCACCAUGACCGGACCCCUUCUGAUUGUCCUGCAUCUGAUCCCCCAGGCCGUUCUCGCAGGUCUCUUCUUCAUCAUGGGUGUCCAAGCCCUUCAAGGUAACGGUAUCACCCAGAAACUCAUCUUCCUCGCCCAAGACAGUGGCCUCACUCCGGCAUCCAACCCGCUCAAGCGCAUCAAACGCCGGCUAUCCAUCUGGGUGUUCGUCAUCCUGGAACUGAUCGGAUUCGGCGCCACCUUUGCCAUCACGCAGACCAUCGCCGCCAUUGGCUUUCCUGUGAUUAUCCUGCUUCUCAUUCCGGUUCGCUCGUUUCUGUUCCCCUGGUGGUUCACCCCGGAGGAGCUGUCCCUCUUGGAUGCGCCCACGGCGAGUCCUUUCACCAUGGAGAGUGUGGGCGGCACGCACGGUCUGGAGGAGUCUGAUAUCUCCACGGAGCAGGAUAAUGUCCGCCGGGAUUCCAAAAUGGGUGGUGAUAAUGGUGUGAUGAUGCGUCGAGAUGAGAGCUCGUCGGAGUCGGCUGUCGAGGAUGAUCUGGAGAGGGGGGAGGUGUAUGAGAUGCAGAGAUCGUCUGUUCGGCGGCGGAGUACGACGGGUGGAGAUUAAGUGACUAUAUUUAGACAAGUUGUCGCAAAAGUACAUAAAAGGUAUAUACGAUGGAUGGAGAGAUCUGCAUAGUUGGAGGGUAAAGAUUUCGGGCGAUGCAAUAUGCUAUC